CUGUCUGUACUUACAGAACCAUUCCGACCUUGCGAACUUACUGCUGCGAUAAAACAGCUCAAGUGCAAGAAAUCUCCUGGCAAAGACGGUAUUCAUCCAGAAUUUCUAAUUAGAAUGGGACCAAAAGCCAAGGAAACCAUGCUUACGCUUUACAACAAAAUCUGGGAGACCAGUUUCUUAAUUAACCAAUGGAAAGUUGCCAUAGUAAUACCAGUACUAAAAAGGGCAAAGACCCUAGCAACUUUGACAAUUAUAGGCCUAUCUAACUUGCAAGCGUUCUGGCUAAACUUAUGGAAAGAAUGGAGUGAACAAGCAGGUUUUAGGCCACAAAGAUCAUCAAACCAACAAGUAGCCUCUUUCUCCCAACACAUCAAAUAUGCCCAUGAUGCAAGAAAUACCCUUACGGCUGUUUUCGUCGAUAUCAAAUCAGCAUAUGACUUAGUAUGGAAAGAGAAGCUAAUUCUAAAGUUGGCAAAGUUUGAUACGGAAAUGCUCUAUCAAAAUCCAAUCUUUUACAAACAGGUCUUCCACAGGGAGCUGUCACAAGCUGCACUCUUUUCAAUUUCUUCAUCAAUUACAGCCGAAUUGGCACAGACAGUCACAGGCAUCAAGUGUUUACUUUAUGCAGAUGAUCUGGUACUCUGGUAUUCCGCCCCUCUUAUUAGUGCACUUAAACUACUAGCAAACUGGUACAAGGAUACUACCAUAGAAAAAACCAAUGAGUUCACAUAUCUCGGAAUGACGUUUGACACAAAGCUAACGUGGAAAAAUCACAUUGCUAAAAUAGCAGAACGAGUCUCCAAUAGAUUGAAUGUACUGAAGCGUCUUGCUGGUAGCUUAUGGGGCUGUGCAAGCUCAACUCUCGACACCACUUACAAGAUGUUUAUUCAGCCAAUAAUGUUGUGUUGCUGUGAACCACUCAUUACAGCCACAGAGGUGAUUCUAAAACCACUCGAGAAGGCACACAACCAAGCAUUACGACUAAUUACUGGAGAGAUAAAAUCAACACCCAUUGAUGCAAUGCUCCAAGUUACAGGAAGCACCACAAUAGGUUCCCUUAUCAAAGAAAAGGCCUUGAUCCUCUCGAACAAAGGAGAAACACAGUUGGCACUCUCCGAUAUAACCGACUGGCCAGGAAUCGAAGCCGUUGCCGACUGGCCAAGAAUCGAAGCCGUUGCUGAGUUUAACUUUGGCCAAGAAUCGAAGCCGUUGCUGAGUUUAGACUACGUACCGGACGGAUUGCCUGGCAAAACACCUUCAAAGAUUGGGAGUAUACAGUCAAGGUGCAACGAACUUAAAGCUCGAACAAAGGAGAAUCACAUAGCCGACUGGCCAAGAAUCGAAGCUGAGUUUAGACUAAGUACUGGACACGAUUGCUUGGCAAAACAUCUUCACAGAUUGGGACUAUACACUCAACCCACAUGCUCCCUAAGUAACCUACAGGAUGAAAUGGAGAAGACUCACCUGACUCAAUGUCCAGCC